ACUAGGCUUGCUGAGUCGCUGCCUGCUUCCUACACUUCGUCUCCGGCCCUCGCCCUGUGGCAGGCGCUUGGCUCAAGAUGAAUCUCAACUUCACCUCCCCUCUGCACCCGGCGUCUUCUCAGAGGCCCACGUCCUUCUUCAUUGAGGACAUCCUGCUGCACAAGCCCAAGCCGCUAAGGGAGAUGGCCCCUGAUCACUUCGCCAGCUCUCUGGCCUCCCGGGUGCCUCUCCUAGACUAUGGCUACCCCCUCAUGCCCACACCCACCCUCCUGGCUCCUCACCCUCAUCACCCUCUGCAUAAGGGAGACCACCACCACCCUUAUUUCCUCACCACCUCGGGGGUGCCGGUGCCGGCGCUGUUCCCGCACCCCCAGCACAGCGAGCUGCCGGGGAAGCACUGCCGCCGCCGCAAAGCUCGCACGGUUUUCUCGGACUCGCAGCUUUCCGGCCUGGAGAAGAGAUUCGAGAUCCAGCGCUACCUGUCCACGCCAGAGCGGGUGGAGCUGGCCACGGCCCUCAGCCUGUCCGAGACGCAGGUGAAAACGUGGUUCCAGAACCGGCGGAUGAAGCAUAAAAAGCAGCUGAGGAAAAGUCAGGAUGAGCCCAAAGCGCCCGAUGGGCUCGAGAGCCCCGAGGGCAGCCCUCGCGGCCCAGAGGCCGCAUCCGCCGAGGCUCGGCUGGGCCUGCCCGCCGGCCCCUUCGUGCUGACCGAGCCCGAGGACGAGGUGGACAUCGGGGACGAGGGGGAGCUCGGCUCGGGGCCGCACGUGCUCUGA